GGGUCUCGGGACCGCCCACGGAGUUCCUACGGUCCUUCCGCUCUAGACCGGAAGUGGCGUUCUCGGCGGUUCCCGUCGCCUGGGCAACGCGGCGCUGUUUACUACCAAGGCCGGGGCAGGCGAGGAGCGGCGUUCCUUGAUGGAGCCGCAGCGAGCAGGCACGAAUGUCUGCGAAUCCCUGGAGGUGCAGGUGGAGGUCUGAUCCGACUGAGCGGCCUAUGAAUCUGGGGCAGCUUUCAAGCUGCUAGUCCUCUUGAGCCGAUGGAGAAGCUCAUGCAGGUGCCUUGAAAAGCAAUGGCUGCCACCUCACACCUGAACCUCCGGCGUCCUGAAGGGAAGACCGCCUUUGGCCUCGCACAGCCGCCCCCGCUCACCAUGCACGUUGCUCGGCCGAAAUCCGCCAAGGGCCGCACAAGGUCAAGUGUGACUUACUCCCGCGGUGCCGAGGCCUGUUCCUCCUGCCCGGUGCCAUCCUCCCCCCAGCCUUUGCUGGCUCCCUGCGAAGAUGUGGUCGGCGGCCGCCGGGCCUCCUCUUCCCAGCCCGGCCAGGCCUUUGAAAUCCGGGAUCCCCUCCAGCCGGUGCCCCUGAGAACGUCGUCGUCCUUAAACAAGUACCGGGUGCUCCCUUCCAUUAGCAGGAAGGAGCUGAGGAAGAACGCCGUGGAACGCACGCCCGAAUGGGCCGGCCAGCAACAAGCCAGCACCCCUCUGGUGGAGGAGGAAGCGCAGGGCUCCAGAGAUCUUCCUGGGGGAGGGAAGGUGCCCACCCCACUUCUGGCCAGGCACAAAGGCGGUGCGGGGGAAUUCGCGCUUACCCCUCCACCGCCUCCUCCCACGGAGAUCAAGCCCUUCAGUGAAACCCGAGAAGGAGCCUCCCUUCCACCAGCCACGGAUUGGGAAGAACCCUGCGAAGAGGAGGAACCGAGGCUGCUGCUGGCCAUCCGGUCGCCCUCGGGCCAAAGGUUCGAGCACCACUUCCGGCCGGCCGACCGCUUGGAAGCGGUCCUGGCGGCCGCCGAGCGGCACAACUCGGCCACGUACCGGCACUGCAGCAUCGAGACGGUGGGCGUGCCUCGGAGGACCUUCUCGGACCUCAGCAAGUCCCUGCAGGAGUGUGCCAUCCCGCACAAGUCAGUGCUGUGCAUUCUGCGGGAACAGCCCGAGGGAGAGCCUUGAAGCCUCAGGAAAGCAGCUCUUUCCCCCCCUUUCUCUCUUUUUGUAUUAAAUGCCAUUGGGAGGUUGUGCAUUUUCUUUCAAGGUCCACUCCGUUUUAGACCAAGCUGGUGCCUUUCCUCUGAUGUCACGCCGUUUUUUCCGGCUCUUCCCCGCAGAUCCAAAAGGCAGUGUGCUUUCCAUUCCCAUUUUCUGCCCCAGUUUCCCAUAUAGUCCUUAGGCCAUUUUUGUAGGUUGCAGUAUUGUUUCCCAGGCCGUUUGUUCUGCCAGGAAAUCUUCCAUUUGAUUCACGAGGAAGGCUGGUUCUGUGUUUGUUGGGUUCUUAGAACCGGUCCUGUGUUGCCCCGGUGUGAUUCCAAAUGAGUGAGACAGAAAGAUGUAUUCAAGCAGGCAGAAUCCACCCAAGCCUCUUUUACAAGUCCUGCUGAGCAGCUCAACAGGGUUUGUGCAUGAGUCGUUUUGGGGGCUGCACCCUUUUAAAAAAAGUCCUCUGUUCCCGUGCAAGAAAGCCAAGUGAGAAGACUAGAGCUACUUGCCCUAAUUCAGAAGGUCUCACUCUGUUCUCCACAGUAGAAGUCAAGGUAAGGAAGACUGCAUUUGCUUGGCCUACUAAGGCGUGCUCCUGUCUAUUGAACGAUUAACUUCUCUUCCAUGGGAUUAUGGCACAAAUUUAGUCUAGUGAGAUCGGAGUUUGGUAGAUGUGUCCUGGGCAAAUUUGAAUUUCUGUGUUGCUUUAAACUGAUACAGAGCGUAUGUUUUUUUUCCGAAUAGAACCAUGUUGAUUCAGUACUUUCCUGAUCAGUUGGAUUUUUCUGAGCUGUGUGCUAAGAGACUUUUUUCUGGUCAGUGGUUUUCUUGCUUGGCCUAUUCUGAUGAAGAUAAGAUUGGGCCCUGUUGCGUGUUGUUUCCUUUUAAACCUUAAAAUGCCAUUUGUAUUUUUUUAAACGCCUAUAGGCGUCUUUUUAAAAACCUCUCUUAUGUGCAGAGCUGUAAAUCCAAGUAUUCAACACAAGCAGAUGGACAGCUAGCCAAAACAGGAUUCCUCUUGAGUGUGGGUUUCUGGGCCAAAAGAGUGCGGGGGGGGGGAGGUGGGACACGUGCCCCCCCAUUGUAGGUGGCACAUGGGCCAAGACUGAAUACCUUGGCAAUUUUGAGUGAGGGGAGGCGGCCUUUUCUUGCCAAAUCUCUGGCCACAGAGUUUGUUGGUACCCUAUAGACUGGUGACUUAGAUGGAGCAGGAAGCUGACAGCCAUGGGCUGCCAUCUGGGGUAACCUACCGUAGGAGAAUAAGAAGCAGCAGGAAGGAAGCAAGGCCUGAUCAGGGGAAGAAUUGACAACCCCUGGAGCGCCGCAAACCCCUUUGGUACUCGGUGCUGCUGCUUGAAGGAUCAGGGGAGAAGCCCCUCUGUUCUGCCUCGCACGGGGGGGGGGGCAACAGAGGGCCGAAGGAGCAAGAGGGAGGCGUCCUUUUCCUGGUUGCCUCCCAAGUUUGCUUCUUGGGGACAUUGAGAAGCAACAGUAAAGAGGGACAGGAGCUGUGUUUUCUACACGGUGCCCAGGUUGUACAGUAGGACUCCUGUAUGUGCGCUAUCAGUGUCCGCAGUUUCACUUAUCCGCAGUCUGAAAAAAAAAUUAAAAGAAAAAGCUGAGAAAUAUGUAUUUUCAUGCCAUAUGUACCUGAACCUAGCCACGAGAGGGAGGCAGAGACCAUAAUAUGUAUUCUGGUUGCUGUAGAAUGACUGUGGCAUGGUUUCUGGCUCCCUCUGUGAUGAAAAUACAUAUUUCUGGAUUUUUUUUUUUCAUUUAUCAUGCUCUGUAUAGCCUCUGCGGUUUUCGGCAUCCACAGGAGGGGCUUGGAGAUAAUCCCCCGCAGAUACAGGGAUCCCGCUGUAGUUCUUGGUGUUGAAGGAGGGGGAGAUUUUCUGCCGAAGCCGGGUGUACCUUUUCGACGGAGAAGGCCAGAGAGAGUUGGGGAAAUGCGCCCGUGUCAGGCUGUUCCCGCACAACAAAUGCCGCAGACUUAGGAGGAACCGUUCUGGGGACAGUCCAGAAAAGAGCUUUCUAUGGGGAAUUGCUCCAGAGCAAAGGAGGUAAACAUGGGGGACUGGAUGUGGACUUGGGAGAAUGAGGGCCUGGUUCACUAGGGAACCAGUUUAGGGAACGGACUCUCAACCUGAGGAGGAAAACAAAAGUAUUUUUGAAAAUCACAGCAGCAAAGACCAACCUCAUAAGGAAAGGAGUGGGUCCCCGAGGGCCCCCAUCGCUGUUCUCUUCCCCUUGACCAGCAGGAAAUACCAAAGGGGAUAAAACUAGGAUCGAAGCAGCAAGAUGACCAUGUUGGAGGGGGAAGAGGGAAGGGGGUGGUGUUCGCCGUGUGCAUUUAAAAUAAUCUGACAAUUUAUGUGUGCUGUUCUAGCCAAUAAAGCUGUUC